AUGAAACAUAGUAAGAUUAGUGGAUACGACAUGUACCCCCUAACAAGGGUUCUAGUAAAUGUAUGGGAAAUUGGGAGGAGUCCAGAAUAUUGGAAAAACCCAGAAGAUUUUUCACCAGAGAGGUUCAAGGAUAGCUCCACUGAUUAUGUUGGAGAUCAAAACUUUGAAUACUUACCUUUUGGGGGUGGUACAUGGGGUUUCCCUGGAUUAAAUAUGGGAAUUGUGUUAGUAGAGCUCGUCCUUGCUAAUGUGGUUUACGCUUUCGAUUGGCUACCAGAAGGAAUGAACAAGGAAGACAUAAGCAUGGAGGAAUCAUCAGGGCUUGUUAUUCAUAAGAAAAUUCCGCUUGAGCUUGUACCCAUCAAGUAUGUAUAUGAUUGGGAGAAAUCUAAUUAA